UUGAGCUCGGAGCAGCUGGUCUUCCCGCUGGCUCCCUCCUUCGCGCUCUCUCGCUCUGCGCCGCCGUCCGCAGGGCCGCAGGGCUCAGUGCAUCUCCCGGGCGCGGCCCGCAGUCCUCGCCCCUGCCUCUGGGCCACUCCCGCCCCCCGGCGCCGCUCGCUUCCCCCCGCCCGGACUCCCCAUGUAUGACGACUCCUACGUGCCCGGGUUUGAGGACUCGGAGGCGGGUUCGGCCGACUCCUACACCAGCCGCCCAUCUCUGGACUCAGACGUCUCCCUGGAGGAGGACCGGGAGAGUGCCCGGCGAGAAGUGGAGAGCCAGGCUCAGCAGCAGCUGGAGAGGGCCAAGCACAAACCUGUGGCAUUUGCUGUGAGGACCAAUGUCAGCUACUGUGGCGUCCUGGAUGAGGAGUGCCCAGUCCAGGGCUCUGGAGUCAACUUUGAGGCCAAAGAUUUUCUGCACAUUAAAGAGAAGUACAGCAAUGAUUGGUGGAUCGGUCGGCUAGUGAAAGAGGGCGGGGACAUCGCCUUCAUCCCCAGCCCCCAGCGCCUGGAGAGCAUCCGAGUCAAGCAGGAGCAGAAGGCCAGGAGAUCCGGGAACCCCUCCAGCCUCAGCGACAUUGGCAACCGAAGAUCCCCUCCUCCGUCUCUAGCCAAGCAGAAGCAAAAGCAGGCAGAACAUGUUCCCCCGUACGAUGUGGUGCCCUCCAUGAGGCCUGUGGUGCUGGUGGGGCCCUCUCUGAAAGGUUAUGAGGUCACAGACAUGAUGCAGAAGGCUCUCUUCGACUUCCUCAAACAUCGGUUUGAUGGCAGGAUCUCCAUCACCCGCGUCACAGCGGACCUCUCACUGGCCAAGCGGUCUGUGCUCAACAACCCUGGCAAGAGGACCAUCAUCGAGCGCUCCUCCGCCCGCUCCAGCAUUGCUGAAGUACAGAGUGAGAUCGAGCGCAUAUUCGAGCUGGCCAAGUCUCUGCAGCUGGUAGUGUUGGAUGCUGACACCAUCAACCACCCAGCACAGCUGGCCAAGACCUCACUGGCCCCCAUCAUCGUGUUCGUCAAAGUAUCCUCACCAAAGGUACUCCAGCGACUCAUCCGCUCCCGUGGAAAGUCACAGAUGAAGCACCUGACUGUGCAGAUGAUGGCUUACGAUAAGCUGGUUCAAUGCCCGCCGGAGUCAUUUGAUGUGAUUCUGGAUGAGAACCAGCUAGAGGAUGCCUGUGAGCACCUGGCUGAGUACCUGGAGGUUUACUGGCGGGCCACACACCACCCGGCCCCCAGCCCUGGGCGUCUGGGCCCUCCCAGCGCCAUCCCUGGACUUCAGAACCAGCAGCUGCUGGGGGAGCGCGGUGAGGAACACUCCCCCCUGGAGCGGGACAGCUUGAUGCCCUCCGAUGAGGCCAGCGAGAGCUCCCGCCAAGCCUGGACAGGAUCUUCGCAGCGCAGCUCCCACCACCUGGAGGAGGACUAUGCAGACGCCUACCAGGACCUGUACCAGCCUCACCGCCAACACACCUCUGGGCUGCCUAGUGCUAAUGGGCACGACCCCCAAGACCGACUCCUCGCCCAGGACUCGGAGCACAACCACAAUGACAGGAACUGGCAGCGCAACCGGCCCUGGGCCAAGGAUAGCUACUGACCACCUCCUGCUGCCCUACCCUGGCAGGCACAGGCACAGCUGGCUGGGGCACCCACUUCAGGCAGGCUGGCAUUAGACUGGCAUUGGGCUGGCACUAGGCUCAGCCCCCAUAGCCCCCUGCAUAGCCCCAGAGCUGCCUGUGGUCCCAAGGUUCUGGGAAAAGCAGGGGCCCCCUUACCUCCGGGCAGUGACUCCCCUAGGCUCCCAUUCCAGGUACUAGCUGUGUGCUGCUCCCCUGGCACCUUCCUCUCCUGCACAAGAAGCUGCCCCACUGGGCAGUGCCCUCAGGCCAGGAUCCCCUUAGCAGGGACCUUCCCACCAGACUCAGGGAAGGGAUGCCCCCUCAAAGUGAGAAGAGGCUGCAGUGUGGGCAACAGGGCAUGCGGAAGAAACAAGGCCCCCUGAGGCAGACACAAAGGCAAGGGACUCAGGGGUUAUGCUUUGGGGUCCGAGGGCCUCCACUCACCUCACUGCCACAUACCAGAGGAAAGACAAUCAAAACCCAGCUGUGUGGCACUCCUAUCCUUCAGCUGGGCAGGGCACCCGCAUGCAAGGCUGGGGCCAAAGGCCUGGAAGCUGAAGCUCUAGAAAAGAAGGGCUCUCCUCACCCUGCCAGGAAUUUUCCUAACAUCUCAAAGGACCAGGAGCAUGGUCAAGCCAAAUGCUGGACGGGAGCCCACCUAAGUUGAGGGUUUGGGGAGGGCAUGUGUAGCAGAGACUGAAUGGAACAGCUUUGGGGCCUCUUUGCCCCGCUCAUCCUUUUGCUCUUGCAUCUUGUCAUUUCUUGACCCUCAUGCCUGCUGGGGCACAUGGGCCCGAUUUACUCCCUCAUUCAUUGCUGCUUGUUACGUUAGGGUCAGAUGGGGAGAGACAGGGCACAACAGACGGCCCUCAGAAGCCCUGUCUACCCAGCUACCCUUGCCUUACGGCUCUAGUGUGUGACCUACAGAGCAUGCUCCACAGACCCUGCCCCACCUCACUGUCAUCACUAAUAAACACCAUGCACAGUC